UAGGCAUGGAUAAAACAGUACGAGGCACCAAUUUAAGCCCCAGAAGUAAAAUUUCCUUGACGUUGCUGGUCUGUGGUUGAAACCUUUUGUAGCAAAGACAGGACAGAGAAAGAAAGAUGGCAAUGAAAAAUGUACUUGUUACGGGAUGCUCAUCAGGAAUAGGACUGGCUAUUGCAGCAAGGUUGGCCAAGGAUGAUCAGAAGAGAUUCAAAGUCUAUGCAACAAUGAGGAACCUGACAAAGCAGGAUGAUCUUCUAAAAGCUACUGAUGGCUUUAUCGGGGAAACCUUGGAGAUAAAACAGCUGGAUGUGUGUAGUGAAGAAUCCAUCAGGAACUGUGUCAACAGCAUUCCUGAUCGCAGAGUUGACAUUCUAGUUAGUAAUGCUGGAAUGGGACUUAUUGGCCCCAUUGAAUGUCAAACCAUUGAAGAAAUGAAAACUGUAAUGGACACAAACUUCUUUGGACUGGUCAGACUACUGAAAGAAAUAUUACCGGACAUGAAGAAGAAGAAGAGUGGACACAUAGUAAUAAUAAGCAGCGUGAUGGGAAUACAAGGUAUUCUGUUUAAUGAUGUGUAUGCUGCCUCCAAGUUUGCCGUUGAAGGCUUUUGUGAAAGUCUUGCAAUACAGGCAUUGAAAUUCAAAUUGCAGCUGAGCCUAAUUGAACCUGGCCCGGUUAUCACAGAGUUUGAAAAGAAAGUCUACGAUGACGGAAUGAAAAUGGAUCUUUCUGGAGUAGAUACGGAAACCGCGGAGAUGUUUACCAAUGUCUAUCUUAAAAAUUAUAAAUCAAUCUUCCAGAGCCUGGGCCAGACAGCUGAAGAUGUGGCAGAGCACACAAUGAAGAUCAUUCUCUCAGAUAACCCACCUUUCCGUCACCAGACAAACACUCUCUACACCCCGAUGACAACACUAAAAUAUGCUGAUCCAAAUGGUGACUUACCCAUUGACACCUUCUAUAAGAUGGUCUUUCAACAUGACAAAGUUUUCAAUGCAAGCCUUAAUUUUAUCAAAUUGCUGAGAUGGAGAAGUAAAAAGAGUUUUGACCUUGGGAAGAAUCAGUGAUGAUAAGCUCUCAAUAUACUUCCAUUGUAUAUUUGAUCACUUUCUAUGCAAAAUGAUUAAACCCUUAAACCCUAACACUUCAGUGUUCAUGGAAAAAGGAGUUGUGAAAAGUUUUCCCAUAAAUUAGAAAAUCAGUCCAGACUACUAUAGGCUUCGUAGAACUGUCUCUUAUCACCAAAGUAAAAUAUAAGAGGUAUAUUUUUUAAGUUUUUCAAAUAAAAUGGAAUGCACUGUAAGCCCCCUGCAGCCCUUCUGAAAAGCACGUCGGAACUCGUAUCCCACUGUUUUCUACAGCUUUCAACAGACUAUGGGAACCAUUAUGAAUGUAUGGUUGCACUGUUAUAUGCAGAAGACUUGGCUGAUUGCAUGUCCUAUUCCCUAUACCUUAUAUAACCAUGGAGGAGUUUUUACAAAUACAAUUAUUUACACUGUUUUAGGUUUUUCCAGCUGCAGUGCUUUUAUAGGAGCGAUAGUGUUCCUUUGAAACACGCACAUUUGCUAAACUUCUCUAUUUUUGUAUUUUCCUUUGUAAAUAUAUUGUAAAUUAUGUUGUUUAUGCUUAUAUGGUUUUAACUGUGGAAUGCUGAGAGUUGUGUUUGUAGGUCAAUGGAAAAAUUAUGAUUAUGAAAAUACUUUAAAUUAUUUCUGAUAAAAAAAAAAAAAAUACAUUACUAAUCAAGCAAAAAUGUAACUGGGCUAAACAAUGUUAGUACAAUCAAUACAAACUGUAAACUGACAAACUAUCUGCUAAAACAAAUGCCUCCUUCUUUUUUUU